UUUGUUGCUUGUUUCCUCAGGUGGAGGCGGACGAAUCGUUGAGCGAGCAAAUCAAAAUGGCGAGCCAAGAAGAGUCUGUGAGGGAGUUCGUUGCUGUUACUGAUGUGGACGAGGAGAGGGCCCGGUUUUUCCUGGAGUCCGCUGGCUGGGAUUUGCAGCUUGCACUCGCCAGUUUCUUUGAAGACGGAGCUGAUGACGACAUAGUGACCCUUCCUCAACCUGAAGGAGGAUCCUCGGUCUCCCGGUCUGCAGGGCCAUGUGUUCAGCCCAGAGUGACCUCCUUGAGAGAUUUGAUGCAUGAGGCUGAGGAGGAGAGUGAUGAGGAGGAAGGCCAAAGGUUUUUUGCAGGAGGAUCAGAGCGCAGCGGACAGCAGAUCGUUGGGCCUCCAAAGAAGAAGAGCUCCAAUGAAGUGGUCGAGGAUUUGUUCAAGGGGGCCAGGGAACAUGGAGCCGUGCCUCUAGACCGCACUGGGAAAGGGCUAGGAGAGCCCAGCAAAUCCAAGGCGUUCUUUGGCGGAGGCUACAGGCUAGGUGCAGCUCCUGAGGAGGAGUCAGCCUAUGUGGCUGGAGAGAAACGAGCCUCAAACAGCCAGCAAGAUGUCCAUGUGGUGCUGAAACUGUGGAAGACAGGUUUCAGUCUGGAUGAUGGUGAACUCAGAAACUACAGUGACCCUGGCAAUGCCAACUUCCUUGAAGCAAUCAGAAGGGGGGAGAUUCCCCUGGAGUUGAGACAGCGAUCUCGAGGGGGUCAGGUCAACCUUGACAUGGAGGACCACAGGGAUGAGGACUUCACCAAACCCAAGGUUGCCUUCAAGGCUUUUGGAGGUGAAGGACAGAAGUUGGGAAGUGCCACCCCAGAGUUGAUUUCAGCUCCAGCCACCUCCCAGCAGGACCAGGCUGCCAACGAGGCCCAGGCCAGUGCCUCAGUGAACCUCGACCCCUCCCAGCCUGUGACCAACAUUCAGAUCCGACUGGCUGAUGGCGGCAGGCUGGUCCAAAGGUUCAACCAUACCCACAGGGUUUCUGACCUGCGACAGUUCGUGGUGGCGGCCCGGCCCGCCAUGGCUGCCAGAGAGUUUGUUCUCAUGACCACCUUCCCCAACAUGGAGCUGUCGGACGAGAGCAAGACGCUGCAGCAGGCCAACCUCCUCAAUGCUGUCAUCGUCCAGCGGCUAAAGUGAGGAGGGGGUGGGUGUGUAUGUGUAAGAGCAAAACACCCCACCCCACCCCACCCUCUGGUGGUGUGGCUUUGUAACUGCUGCGCUGUGAAACCUGCUGCCCCCCCUCUGAGGGAGGAGAAAACGUGGACUUAUGUAUGAACUUGUAAUUUCUGAGUUUUGAUUUUCUAAAGUGAAACAUAACAUUCUGCCCCCCAUCCCACUCCCACGCCCCCCCCUCCCUCUGUGGCCUGUGAUGGCAGUAAUGAGGAGGGGUAACUAAAAAUCUUCUUGAAUGGAACAGAGUUGAUGUCAGAGCUAUUGGAAAGCCAAAUAGAUGCUGUAGAGUUGUGGUUCUGAUGGGAAUGUGUUGACCUGAAAGCAAUUUCUGGUUUAACCCAGAAAACACAGCAGCAGCCAAGCUUUCGGAAGAGCGGUUUGGGUGCAGAGAUGUUUACUAAACGUUGCUCUUUUUCUCAUUAACUUCCCAUUAACAUCCCCACUUCUCCUCUUCUGUUAACCUUAACUGGACCCUUACUAUCAGAUGCUGUGGCAUCACCAGGUUCAUGCAGCAGCACUUCUGGUUUGUCUCUGUUACAGUAGCACAAACCAGACCCACAUGAGGAAUACUAGUCUUAUUAAAGUAGAAGUACAUAUUCAUAGUGUGGUUUUGUACAGGUUUCCAUUUCUUUUUAGAAAGAGAAGUGUAAUGAUGUGACAAAACACAAAGGAUUUUUUCUUUUCCACAAAGCAACUUAUACCAGUAGCCUUACUCUCCUUCAUUCACCUGCAGAACUACACCUCUCCCUUUGUUUAAAUGAAGAUGGAGUUAUUUUUUUAAACUGCCUUUUUUGUCCCUCCCCCCCCCCUUACAGAUUGUCCCAGUUAGUGGCAUUUUGAUAUAGUGUAACAUGAAAACCAGUUACACUUUUCUUGACUGUCAAACCAAUGGUUGAGCAAAAGAUCAUAUAGAUUGUGAACACUGGUUUGUAGUAGUGGAAUUCCUAUGACACAUUGACAUCUUCUAUGCAUCCUGGGGCAACAUAGAAAUAUGCUUGGACCUCUGGUAAAAUAAAUCCAUUUUAUGGUUGAUGUAUAAAGAA